AUGCAGGCUGCUGAGGGGCAGCAGCUUUUCGAUCCUGUCUCAUUUGGGAAGGACCUCAUGAUAGGUGGGGUGGCAGCUGCUAUUUCCAAAACAACAGUAGCACCCAUUGAACGGGUGAAGCUCCUGCUCCAGGUUCAGGCCUCCUCCAAGCAGAUCCGUGCUGACCAGCAAUACAAAGGCAUGAUAGAUUGCAUUGUACGCAUUCCUCGGGAGCAAGGAUUUCUCAGUUACUGGCGUGGCAAUCUUGCCAAUGUUAUUCGAUAUUUCCCAACUCAAGCCCUAAACUUUGCCUUUAAGGACAAAUACAAGCAGAUUUUCAUGUCUGGAGUUGAUAAAGAUACACAGUUUAUGAGAUGGUUCGUUUCAAAUCUGGCUGCUGGUGGAGAUGGGAUUAAAUGGGCAGGGUAUGCGGUAGUCACUUUAAAUGAUAUCUGGAAAGCUGAGCCUCUCCCUCCAGGCACAAGUGCCCAAUUGGCCGAACUAUAUGCAUUGACCAGAGCUUUGGAGCUUGUAAAAGGUCCCUCUGAGAGACAAUUCAAAGGUCUAGCUGAUUGUAUUACUAAAAUUGCUAGAAAAGAUGGAAUUACUGGUCUAUACCAAGGAUUUAGUGUUUCAGUACAGGGAAUUAUUGUAUAUCGAGCAUCUUAUUUUGGAUGUUAUGACACCAUAAAAGGAAUGCUACCAAAUCCGAAAGAAACCCCAUUCCUUUUAUCUUUUGCAAUUGCUCAAGUGGUAACAGUAUUUUCUGGGAUACUCUCCUAUCCAUUUGACACUGUCAGAAGACGCAUGAUGAUGCAAAGUGGAGAGACUGAACGCCAAUAUAAAGGAACCAUUGACUGCUUUAUCAAGAUAUAUGGCCAGGAAGGAAUAAAAGCCUUUUUUCGUGGGGCAUUUUCAAAUGUUCUUCGUGGGACAGGUGGUGCGUUGGUGCUAGUCCUUUAUGACAAAAUCAAGGAAUUCCUUCAUAUUGAUCCUUCAGUAGGCCAAACAUCUGACUAAACCCACUGAUGGCUUGCAUUGCACAUGUAGAAAGAAAAGUCUAUUGUUUUAAAUAUUGAUUUAUUAAUUAGUAUUCCACUUUGUAACAAGUCAGUAGUAUUUACUGUUUAUUAUUUUAA